AUGAAUGUGGUGGUGUGGUGGACCUACGGCAGUGAUGAUGGAUGGUCGUGGUGGCAAAUGGUGGUUGUAGCAGAGGUGGCGUUGAUGGAAGGACCAGUAUAUACUAGUAUAAUACACACUACGGAGUCUUAUAGUAUAUCUCUCAUUCGCUUGCGACUUGCGAGGCUUCAAAUCGGUAAGUAUUUUCUUCUUAUGCAGAGCCCUGGCUGGUGGUGCUUAGAUUUGUGUAUCAUGCCUCAUAAACGUCAACUAUCUCAUCAUCAGAAAAGAAUAAAGAAGCAAAAAAUAGAAGUAUUAAUAAAUUCUCGAAAAUGGGCCAUUAAAAAGUUCUUUUCAAGUAACGAAAAUGUACAAAACUCAGUCGAAGAAAAUGAAGAUUUGGUGAUUGAUUUCGCUGAAAACUUGGUUAAUGAAGAACAAGUAGAAGAAGAAUGUGAGGAUUUGGAGGGUGAGGAAGCCUAUCAACAUGUCAAUGAGAGCAAUAAUGAAAGUUCGAGGGAUGUCAAACAAAAUGAAGACUUUAAUGUUGAAUGCGCUCUUGUGAACAUUAAUGAUCCAUGUAAUUGGGAUAACAUUGAUCAAAAAUUAAGGGACUUAUUAGUUCAAAGAGGCCCCGUAAGAAGAAAUGAUGAUGCUACCUUUCCUAAAGAUGACAACGAGAAGAAGAAAUAUGAUAGAAAAUGGCUAGUAUACUCGAAGUCUUUGAAGAGAGUAUUUUGCUUCUGUUGCAAAUUAUUCAAGAAUGAAGGAAACAAGACUCGAUUGGCUAAUGAUGAAUUUCAAGACUGGAAAAAUAUUGGUGAUAGGCUUAAAGGUCAUGAAACUAAUUGGGAGCACCUCACUUGCAUGAACAAAUGGAUUGAGUUGGAGAGAAGAUUUCAGAAGAAUCAAACAAUUGACAAAAGUAUUCAAGAACGAAUCAUUAAAGAGAGGGAACAUUGGAGAGGGGUAUUACUGAGAGAAAUUGCUCUUGUGGAAGCAUUUGCGCAGAAUAAUCUACCGUUUUGUGGAGAAAAUGAGAAGAUUUACCAAAAGAAUAAUAGAAUUUUUUUAUGUUUUAUUCAAAUGAUGGAAAAAUUUGAUCUAAUAAUGCAAGAGCACUUGAGGCGAAUUGAUAAAGGUGAGAUUCAUAACCAUUAUCUCAGUCACAAAAUUAAGAACAAGUUGAUACAGAUGUUAGCUGCAGAAGUAAAGAGUAAAAUUGUUGCAAUAAUCCAAAAAGCUAAAUAUUAUUCAGUUAUACUUGAUUGUACCCCGGAUUUGGAUAACACAACGGGAUUGGGGCUAUUUUGCGCACUUCAAGAAGUAUUAGCCUUCAGCUUGAUAUUGUUUUUCUCUUCAAUCCCACGGUGGGCAAUUUUAAAAGACAAUUUGAAAGAUGUGAAGGGUCUCACGCUUAAGCCAUUGUCACAAACACAUUGGGAAAGUCGCACUAAAAGCAUCAAGUCGAUAAGAUACCAUCCCUUAAAACUAAGAGGUGCUUUGGCAGACUUGGUGAACGACACAACAGAGUCAAUAGCACAAAGUGAAGCUAAAUCCCUUGCAAAGAUCGAACUUAAGAAUUUUGAGUUCUUGUUUGCCAUGGCUAUUUGCUACAAGUUGUUGUUUGUUGUUAACAUUGUGAGCAAGUUUCUUCAAAGUGAAGACAUGCACAUAGACCAAGCUAUCGAGAAGAUAAAAGGCCUUAUUGAUUAUUUUGAGAACUACAGAAAAGUUGGUUUUGUGGAGGCAAUGGUUGAUGCUUCUGAAAUGACGAAUGAACUGGAGAUUGAACCUAAAUUUGUUGAAAAGUGCAUCAUUCAAAGAAAGAAUCAAUUUGAUGAAGAUGUUAGGGACGAGAGGUUCCAACAAUUUGAAGUGUAUGAGAAAAAUUUUGAUUUCAUGUUUGAUUUGGAAAAGGCGAGUUCGAGUGAUGAAUGCUUGAAAAAUCAUUGUACCAACCUUGAAGAAGUUUUAAAGCAUGGCAGAGUUUCCGAUAUUGAUGGGAGAGAUUUGUUUGUGAAGUUAAAAUGCUUGAAACAAGUAUUGCCAAGAGGAGUGCAGAAACUAAUUGAAGUGCUCAAUUUUAUCAAACUUAUGGUAGACUCUUUCCCAAAUGCAUGGAAUGCGUAUAGAGUGCUUUUGACUAUACCGGUUAUUGUUGCCACGGGAGAAAAAAACUUUUCAAAGUUGAAGUUGAUCAAAAAUUACCUUCGAUCUACCAUGUCACAAGAAAAACUAAAUGGGUUAGCCAUGUUAUCAAUUGAAAAUGACUUGGUGAAAGAGGUGGAUUAUACAAAUUUAAUUGAUAAUUUUGCUUCUAGAAAUGCAAGACGAAACUUUAUAUUGGUUUGGCUUUCUUAUAUUGUGAUUGUUGCAGUAAAAAUUGUUAAGUAUUUACUCUUUAAGGGCACACUUUUUUUAUUGGCCUUGGGCAUUAAAAACUCUUGGGCCAGCCCUGAAAGUAUGGUAACAAUGGUUGCUUGGUGGUGGAGGCUUGCAAUGAUGGUAGUGAAUGGUAGUGCAAUUGUGGUGAUAGAGAAAUAG